GAUCAGAAAGCUUGUCAAGUUUUUCAAAUCUUCAAAACAAAGCCAACGACUAGACCAAGCACAAAUUGACUUAGCUCAACGAAAUAAUGUUACUGCUACACCUGUUCAGUUGCAUGGCUCUGAAAAUUUAAUUGAAUUAGAAAUGGAAGAAAAUAAUGAGUCAGAAAAUGUAGACAAGGAAUUUAAAGUCCUACGUACUAUAAGUGAAGUAAAAACAAGAUGGAAUUCAUCUUUUUUAUCUUGGCAAAGGCUUCUUAAAUUACACACAGCAAUUGAAUGGCUUUCCUCAACUUUACAUUUACUAGAAGAUGCUGGUGCAAAGGAAGAUUCUCGAAAACUAAGUAAUUAUAAACUCAAUGAAAAUGAAUGGGAAUUAUUAGAAGGAUUAGUUAUGUUGUUUAAGCCUUUUGAUGAACUAACAACUUACUUCAGUGGAAUUAAAUACACUACUCUUUCAGUUGUUAACCCAAGUAUAGAGACAUUAAAAUUUGAGUUUGCUGAUGGUGAUUUGUUGGACUCACAUGAGUUGAACAAAAUAUUUAAUGAUAAUGAAACUGAAAAUCUUGGUUUUGAUGAAGAUGAAAUAUCAUCUGAUGAUGAAAGCUCUGGAAGUGACUCAAGAAACAUAAAACAAUUAAGAGCUCCAUCUUCACAACAAAUAAUUUCCAAAGUUAAGGGGAUCAUUUAUAGCUCGCUCUGGAAUUAUUGGAAUGAUUCAGAAAAGAUUGGGCUAAUGGCUACUUUAUUAGACCCAAGAUUGAAAUUAAUGGAAGUAUGGUCAAAUGAAACAAGAGAACAAGCAAUCCAAGAACUACAUACCGAAUUCAAUACUUGGCAAAUCAAAGUUGCAAUUGAUGAUUCUUUAGAAGAAAUUCCUUCUUCAUCCACACCUUCCUUUAUGAAAAGAGUAUUUUGUCAUAGCCAAAGAAAAGUGAACCAUGAGAUUGAAAUAGAUAAUUAUUUAAACGAAAUGGUAACUCCAACACAACCUGAAGGAAUUGAUGUUUAUCAAUGGUGGAAUAACAAUCAAAAUUCUUUUCCUAUUCUUAAUGGGUCCAAUCUCUAUGAAUUGUAUCAAUUUCAUCCUUGCAAUUGGUAA